CCUUUCAUCCCACUCCAGAGACCAGCCGCCUUCCACCUCUCUCCCCUAACAGUCCGCCAGCAGUACAGAAUCUGCCUGAGUUUACCAUACCUUGAAAUUAAAAAACCAUAAAUAAUGACCAGGAUGCUAGAAAAGGGAGGCCGUGGAGAGAGGCCCAGCUUGGAAUUGAAUGGGGAAGUGGAGUUUGUGCAGACUGGCUACGGGAAGGACAUGGUGAAAGUCCUCCAUAUUCAACGAGAUGGGAACUACCACACCAUUAAGGAGGUGGUGACUUCGGUGCAACUGACUCUGAAAUCGAGGAAAGAUUAUGUGCAUGGAGAUAAUUCUGACAUCAUCCCCACAGACACCAUCAAGAACACUGUUCAUGUCCUGGCCAAGUUCAGAGGGUUAAACAACAUAGAAACCUUAGCCAUGAAUAUCUGUGAGCACUUCCUUUCGUCUUUUAACCAUGUCACCCGAGUUCAUGUCUAUGUGGAAGAAGUCCCUUGGAAGCGUUUUGAAAAGGAUGGAGUUAAGCAUGUCCAUGCAUUUAUUCUCACUCCCACCGGAACACACUUCUGUGAGGUUGAACAGAUGAGGGGAGAGUCUCCAGUCAUUCAUGCCGGAAUCAAAGAUCUCAAGGUCUUGAAAACAACCCAGUCUGGAUUUGAAGGGUUCAUCAAGGACCAGUUUACCACCCUCUCCGAAGUGAAGGAUCGAUGCUUUGCCACCCAAGUGUACUGCAAAUGGCGUUAUCACCAGAACAAAGACGUGGACUUUGAUGCUACCUGGCGCACCGUUUGGGACAUUGUCCUGGCGAAGUUUGCUGGUCCCUAUGACAAAGGAGAGUACUCGCCCUCUGUCCAGAAGACCCUCUAUGACAUACAGGUGCUCUCCCUGAGCCAGAUUCCGGAGAUAGAAGAUAUGGAAAUCAGCCUGCCCAACAUACAUUACUUCAACAUAGACAUGUCCAAGAUGGGCCUGAUCAACAAGGAUGAGGUCUUGCUGCCACUGGAUAAUCCGUAUGGCAAAAUCACCGGGACGGUCCGGAGGAAGCUGUCCUCAAGGCUGUGAUGCCAUUGUCACUCUCCACUGAGGAGUAGUCAUUUGUGAUGCUGGGGUUACAGUGUUUAGCCUUGCCAAAUUUCAACCGGAAUUAUUGAUCUGUGGCAUUUAUUUUCCUCCUGUGUGAACUCAUUUCUUUCUGUAACAGAUCAGCCAGGCAUUUUGGGGGAUUUCUUCAUCAGUAAUUAUGACAUGCUCUACAGAUAUAGGUUUACAUAAAAAACUCAGAGCAGAAUUAGAAAGAUCACAAAUCAAGAUUUCUUUCUUUCUUUUUUCUUGGUGGUCUUGGGCCUUCUUGUCUUAGAGAAGAUUUAAAAUCACAUCAUUAAGAAAAUAAUCAUGAGUUAGUGGAUGUGCCACAUCAAUGAAUUUGAGUACAAGUUUAAGGAGGAAAUAUUGUUUUGUCUUUCUGGUCAUUCUGGAAAGUACAGAAAAUAUAAUAAAAUCAUGUUGAAAAAUCUCA